GUUGGCAGCACACGCACGUGCGAUGGCACACCUCAGGCCGCUGCACUACACCGUGCAUUAUGCAAACCAGUCUAGCUGACAGCUGCUUCCACUUCCAACCAACACCACCUCAAGCUAUUCAACAUAAGCUUUUCUCUGUCUGCUAUAACCCACCCAGAGCAGCAUCUUGGCUGCCUCCAUCAAAAAAACAUCAUCAUUUUCUUUCUCCGAAGUUCAUCGUCAUCUACCGGCAUGGAUGGCGAUGAAUCAUAAUACGCAUCUUUCUUCUCCUUAAUCCAGCCCUAGCUAGCUACGCAUCCAAGCUUUGAGUCAUCCCCACGAAAGCAUCGUCAAUCAAAAUCGACAGCAAUAGAGACAAGAUGCCUUCCUCAAGCUCCGCCAGAUCCUCUCAAUCUCUGCGCAGCUCCGCUGCCGCUGCCGUCUCGACAUCUUCUGGGGCUGCCGACCAACCAUCUGUACCUAUCGAGAUCCUCGUCGAGCACCUCCUUGCAGCCAAGCGCUCCCUUUCGUCCAUGACAUUGGUUCUCCAAGCCAAUGACUUGACUACACAAGCACGCUCCGUGCACGAAGACAGCGUUGUGCUCGCAGCCCGGACCGCAUUCCUUCGCGCCGGCAUCGCCCAGCAGAUCCACACACUUGAGCGCAUCCGCCGCGGGCUGGCGAGGACGUAUGAUUUUGGUCGUAGGGAUUUCGAACAACUCAUCAAGGUUCUGGAUGAUGCUGGUGAGCGUCUCACACGCACGAUGGAUGUGUUGCACAAUACAAUUGUUGAUCCUGUCUUUCGACCCCCGGGCGAGGAGCCGAGAAGCUUGAUGUUCUUUGUCGACGAGGGCAACGUAGACCGCUUGACCAAGUCACUGAAGGAGAGUAUUGCCGAGCUCAAGGCUGCCGAAACAUCGUAUGACGGUGACCUCCUACGCUUUGACAACGACAUCCGCUCCGUCAAGAAGCACCUGCUCGCAGCGCCUGGACUACCGUCUCCAUCAAAUUCAGUAUUCUCCCGUCCAAUGGCUGACCUCGUCCGUACCCUGACAAACCACUCCCACGCCAUGGCCGAAAACCUCACCUCUCUAACUCGCCAUUUUGACCUGUGCGUCACGGCUGUGCGCGCCUCUGAGGGUGGCGCCGCGCUGGCCCUUCGCAAGGCAGCCGAGGAUGGACCCUCGACCAUCUCCAUCUCUGGCGUGAUCCGCGGCGACGGCACCGACACCGACGAUCAGGAGCUCAAGACCAUGACUGCACGGGAACGGGAGGAGAUGCUCCGCGUAGUGAUGCAGGACGCCACCGAAGUCGGUGAAGUCGUGCGCGACAUCAAUGUCGGCCUCGAGGAGAUGCAGGCGCUCGGAGCGCUGGUAGAACAGCAAGCGGCACACGUCCGCACGGCGCACGAAUGCACACUCGACGCCUUCCGCCGCCUCGAGGAGGUCGAGUCCCGUCUCGGGAGCUACGUCGCCGCCGAGCGCGAAUACGUAGACCGCUGCGAGGUGGAGAAGGAUGCCAUCCACGAGCGGCUUGCCCAGGCCGAGGACCUGGUUGUGUUUUACGAAGGCUAUGCGGGCGCCUACGACGGACUCGUGCUUGAGUACGAGCGUCGGAGGAACGUAGAGGAUAAGAUAAGGUCCCUGUGGCGCAAAGCCGCCGCCGCGGUUGAGAAGCUCGAGGAGCAGGACGCCGCGGCGCGUGACUCAAUGAGGAAAGACGUGGGUGAUUACAUACCCGGCGACCUGUGGGUUGGCAUGGACGAUCCCGUACGGAAGUGGAAGGUCGUGGCGGUUGAUGAGGUCGAAGGCGGUAGCGAGGAGAUUGGAGGGUCAUCCGUGCGUCUAAAAAAGGGUACCAUCGAGGCGGCGAGGGAGAGGGUACAUGGACAUUGAGCUCGAGUAUCUCACACUGAAGAGCCUCGGGUACGCACAUAAUCUUUAUUUGUACGCAUACUUUUUUUCGUUCUAUUUUGUCUUUCUUGGUUAUUAUUAGUCAUUUAGCUAGGGCGCCAGGACUGGACGGGGCUAGGAGUUUUUUGAUUUGAACUUUGGAUGGGAUAAUCCUUUUUCACAUA